AUGGCCCCCGGUUGGUGCGGGCGAUGCACGCUCUUUCUGGUGGCCGCGCUGGUGCUGGACGCGGCCGGGCUGGCCUUGGUGCUGGCGGGCGCCGUGGGAAAACCGACGCUGGCCGGGAGCUCCUUCGAGGAUUUCCUGGUGCUGAGCGGAGCGCUGCUGCUCUUCCUGUCGCUGCUCUGUUGGCUGUUCUGGUAUUCGGGGAACCUGCGAGGGGUGCCGCCCGAAGAGCUGCCCCUCGGGGCGCGCCCCAGGACUCCCGCGCCACGCGGCCGGGGCAGCCUGGUGCGCCUGGCCGCCAAGCUCUCGGAGCGCCUGUCCCAGCGCCGCCGGCUCGCGCCUGCGCCCUCCUUGCCUCCGGACCCCGGCCUAAGCGCGCGGGUCGUCAGAAGCGCCGCCGCUGCUGCUGCUGCCUCCUCGCCGCGGCCCUCCGGCCCGUUAGAGCUCAGUCACCUUCGCCCGGCUGCUCACCCAGAGCAGGGGACGCCAGAAGAGCGGCUGGUAUGAGACUCUUCCGGUGGAAGCCAGGUCGACCGGGGGCUACUAUCCAUAAGCCAGUCUGCAGACUGUCACAUUGCUAUUAAUUGGAGGAGCUCUCAUCUGUGUUGCUGGUCCUGGAAGAGUGUUCAUCUUGCUAAAGCUAUUCUGCCAGUGCAUUGUACUAUCACCUUUCUGAUACCAUUUGUACUGAAACACCCUAAGGUGACUUGACGAGUUGCCUGCAGAAGAGGUUCACUCCCUAAGUUACUGAAUGAUGUUGGAUAACUGAAUUGUCAUAGAGAAUUUUCAUAAGUGUGUUACAGUCGCCUACUGUGUUAUGCAGAACACUGUAUGAGGGCUCCAAUAAGGUCUGCUUUGAAAAAUCUAUUCAUCUGCUGCUCUACAACUGUGAAACUGUGCAAAAGAACUAGUCCAAUGGGCACUUCUGUACAAAGUGCUGGGUAU